AACAACUCAGCGAAUGGGCAGUUCAUAGGGGAGCUCAGUUGAUUAUGUAAAUUUCAGAAUUUGGUAGCGCUCAUCGGAAAGAUUGUUAGCUCAGAUCGGCUCAGAUCCAUUUAUAUUUAUGUUUUGUGUAAUUUUUUAAAAUAAAAUUUAAAAUUUAUUCGCUAUGCCACUGAGAGAGAAAAUUUUGCAUCGCCCUUCUUUAUGAAGACUGCCUAUUAAAAGCUGACAAUUUUCCCUUGCUGUCUGUUAAAAGCUAAAUGCCGCGAAAGGGAACAUCAAAAUUAGUCGGAGUUUUUUGCACAUUAUAAUUUUUAUCAACAAAAGGAAUUAAACCACCACUCGUCUCACAAUGCCUCCAAAAUUUUCGCCACAGGAAUGGAUGAAAACCUUAAAUAACAUCAGAGAAAUGAGGAAACUAGAAAAAGCUCCUGUUGACAGCAUGGGAUGUGACCAAUGUCAGGACAGUGAUCAACCUGCAGAGAUUCAAAGAUACCAAGUUUUGCUGUCUCUGAUGCUGUCUAGUCAAACCAAAGACCAAGUCACUCAUGCUGCAAUGACAAAAUUGAGAGCUCAUGGUUGCACCAUUGAAAACAUUCUCUCCACAAAUGAUACUCUGCUUGGAGAGUUAAUUUACCCUGUCAGCUUUUGGAAGACUAAAGUGCGACACAUCAAAGCAACUACUAGUGUGCUGGCUGACAAGUAUAAAGGAGACAUUCCUCAAUCAGUGGACGAACUGUGCUCUCUGCCAGGCGUUGGCCCAAAGAUGGCACAUCUGUGCAUGAACAUAGCAUGGGGCAUCGUUACGGGAAUUGGUGUAGAUACACAUGUCCACCGUAUCUCCAACCGACUUGGUUGGGUCAAUAGCAAACAGCCUGAAGACACGAGAAAACAGCUCGAAGACUGGCUGCCGAAAGACCUUUGGGAUGAGGUAAACCACCUCCUAGUUGGGUUUGGACAGACAAUUUGCAGACCUGUGAAUCCAAGAUGUGCUGAGUGCCUGAAUAAGGAUACUUGUCCAGCAGCAUUCAAAGAGGUGAAGAAGUCACCAGCCAAAAAAUCACCAGCUAAGAAGAAAGAGGAAGGUAUCAUGUCCAAACCUAAAGUUUUGAAAUUGGAGGAGCCCCAGACAUCAAAGUAUUUCAACAAGGAGGAGCCGGAACAUGAAGAUAAAAACCAGAAGAAGAUUAGCAAACUGAAGAAAACCAUAAAAAAGGAAUCGCAGAACAUUGAAACUGAAGCUAGUGGUGGCCGCGUCACAAGGAGCAGAGCUUUUAAAAAGUGAUCAUCAGAAACUUACUUUCGUCAAUCAGAUCUACCUCAAUUUCAAAAUGAUUUUGCAUUUAUGUGAGUGGAUUACACAUUUGUUGGUGAUUGAAAUCAAAUAUUAAAUUUAUCUUGUAUAGUAAAAAUAUAA